CGCACGGUGGAGGAAAAACCAAAACAAUCAAUAUGGCUGAUCCGAACAACGAAGCUGCAUCGUCGAGUAGCGUUUCGGAGCAAGCCCAAUCGGCCGCCCCGAUACGCGACGACCUCGAGAAAGUAGAAGAUUUUCUCGAGCCGGACAAAAAGCGUCGGAAAGUGUCGCGAAACGAUGGGAAAACCGAGCAAAAAUUGGAACACCGCCUGGGCGGCAUCCUCUGCUGCGCAGUUUGUCUCGAUUUACCCAAGGCUGCCGUUUAUCAGUGUACAAAUGGACACUUGAUGUGUGCCGGUUGCUUCACUCAUGUCCUCGCAGAUGCCAGGCUGAGAGAUGAAAUGGCAACGUGUCCCAACUGCAGAAUCGAUAUCAGCAGAACCUCGCCGUCACGGAAUUUGGCCGUCGAGAAAGCGGUAUCCGAGUUGCCAGCGGAAUGUCAAUAUUGCGCGAAGGAAUUCCCACGAAACUCGUUGGAACGUCACGAGGAGACGAUGUGCGAGGAAAGAAUAUCCAGUUGCAAAUACAGCAGAAUUGGUUGCCCCUGGCGGGGACCGAAUCACGAACGUCCGGAGCACGAGGCUCAGUGUGUUCAUCCGCAUCGUUCGGGCUUGGACGUGAUGGAAGCGUUACGCGACAUCGAUGCCCGUACUCUCGAAGAACGUAGGCUCUAUGACAAUGUCUUUGAUCUUUUGUCCUACGAGAAAAUCACGUUCAACGAUUUACAAAUGAAACCCUAUCGAACGGACGAGUUUGUUCACAAACUUUUCUACGAGACUUCCCGUUUUACGGCGUUCAACAACCAGUGGGUCGUCAAGGCAAGGAUCAAUAACAGUCAACGCGAUCCUACUCAGAGUUCCGAAAGGGACAUGACAUACCAACUGAUUCUGAAGACGAAAACGACGUACCCGCUACCGCUUCAUUAUUUGAUACUGAAAGGACCGUUCGGAGACAUGAAAGUACAACCGAGAAUACACAAGUUCGAAUUCACCGACCAAGAAAACGAAAGCCCUUAUUUACCUUUACCCUUACCCGAUACGGCAGAGUGUAAUAGACUUCUUGCUGCGAGAGCUAUUAGUUUCAGACUAAUAAUGUUCCUGGCAUCCAAGUAAUUUCAACACGGCGCGGUUGAUGUUGUCAAGAUUUUAUGAAGAAUUGAUUAUAAUUGACACUACUUUUUAGAUUUAACAGCGAUAAGAAUAUAGAGAUACAGAGAUUUAUAAUCGAUUAAUUAGUAGCGUUUAACCGUAAUGAUAAAGUAAAGAUAAAGAUGCUAAUUCUGCUGUAGUCUAUGCAUAUGAUACAUUUCAGGAGAUGUGUUACACCGCGUUAUCUUCGCGAUUAGUACGACACAGACGGUUUAGAAGAAAAUAAUUAGUCUUUUUCUGAAUUAAAGGAACAUACGCGAUAUUCAAUUGUAUUGAUUUUCGGGAAAAUUUCGUUCGUCAAACAUUUUCUAAUUCAAUCAAGCUUUACUUAGAUGAUCGUCGUUGGACAAGUGUAUUAAAUUGUGUCGAUAAACGAUCGUCGCAUACAUGAGAAACGAAAAUCGUACAUUUUUCAAUGAACAAUUUAACGCACAUGCCCAUCGACAGAAGCCUAUUACAGAUUCUUCUAUUUAUGUAUAAAUUAAAUGUUAUCGAUGUAAAAUCUUGAAUCGACAUAUUGUAAUAGAAACAAAUUGAAAUAAAUUUAUUAUAAUUACGA